CUACACUUACCAGAUAUGGAUUUUCGGCAGUCCCCCUUUUCUCUGCUACCGGUAUCGGUGCGUGGUCAAGUAUCAGGUGUAUUCUCAACAUCAUCUGCAGCGGUGGGGUGGCUGAAGCGUUCAUCAUCUGUAUUCAAGAGAUACCAGGCAUUAGUGGAUCAACCACCAGCGGAUAUACCAGAUUCUCUGGUGUUGAUAAGGAUUCCCUCAUAUUGAAUGACCGGAAUGGGUUAGAUGACUCCUUGGUGGAGUACUUAAAGACGACUGGUAUAUCGCCAACAGAGUUGCGUGCAUGUAUCCAUUUUGGUAUGGAUCAUCGUGAGCGGGUGCGAAUGUUGACUAAAUGGGAAGUUACAAAUGCGCAAUUCCCUUUGGAUGAGGACUACGUGUAGUACGAUAAGGCUGUAUCUUGAACAGGCAGGACUGCUUCUCUUGUAUGUUAUGAACAGUUAAGUUUACGCGAUAGGCACACACGGGGUAAGCAGUGUCUUAACCGUGCAUGGGUGGCCAUCAGCACAUAUGGUGUGUGUAGUUACGCCGAUUGUUAUAUUAAAAUCUACUUAGACUUUG